GGGGGCCAAUCGCAGUCGCGAAUUUCGAUCCGGAUCGGGCUUGAUCACCUUCAAAAGUGGUCAUGUGACACCGGUAUUAGCGACCCGACUGCUCAGCGCCCUUCGUUGCACGGCGGAGUCAGCUUAUCUUGCCCAUCGGUCACAGACGAGGAUGACGUAUGCGGCUUUUCUUCGUGAGGCGCAGGACCAGGCGCUCCCAUUUUGCCUAACGCCGAACAUGUGUUUUCGAGUAGCUCUGAAGAUGAGGGGACAAGUCCCUAUGUAAUAACUGGGCACAGUACCGAGCCUUCUGUUGAGAGCAACCUGCACAUGUGGGCAGUCAUACAGUGCCAGCUUCCCACCUGACUUCUCUCAAGGUGCUGAAGCCUUUCCACCCGGAGCUACGUGCAGAUGCGAGAACAUUACUGAAGAGCUUGAAGGAAACUGAGUCUGAGUGGAGUGGACCAGCUUACAGCGUUGUGCAUCUCUCUAAGCAGAAUGAGCUGUCCACUGUUCCAUCUUCUUGGGUUCUUGGUGACCAAGUUUCGUUGCCGCCAUACCAAAGCAGCAGCACACGAAUGAUCACUGCAAUUAAGGAUCAGGAGGAGCCUUCAGAAGGCUGGACCAGUUAUCAUUGCAGAGUGCUUUUCAAAUGUGCUGACUAUGACGACGCCAGGCUGAAGGAACAACGGGCCAUACAGGUGUGUGAUAUUGACUCUGAUGAUGGAUGUCAUGAGCCAAAGAAGAGGCGAGCACACCAACGGACUUCAUCCGAUGAAGAAAGUGUGUGUGCUUCAGAUACUGAAUCUGUGACAGCUGUACCCGGGCCACCACCCCGAAAGUUUCGGAAGACAGCACCUUCGAAAGGCGCAACUAUUCCACUCCAGCCAACUGCACCCACCUCACAGCCAGUUGCAUCCACUAUGCAGGCAUUGCCAACAGCCAGCGUUCAAGCUAUCCUGAAGGCACAAGAAGAAACUUUUAAACUGCUGAAGGAGAUGAAAGCCCAGCUGGAUACUCUGGCGAAUGCUGUGCAGGGACUGGAAAAUUCCGUCGGACCAGAGCAGACAUCUGGCGAUCCUGUUGAUAGUGGCAUGCUUGAUUUGCUUCCUCUGGCCACUCACCAUGACCUUGAAAAGCUUGAGCAAUGCCUUCUCAUACCGAAAAAUAGGACUGAACUUGUGACUUACUUUUCUCGGUUAGGAGGCCCUUCUCUGCUGAAGGCUGCGCGACACCUGAUGAGAAGAUGCAUGAGAGAUGUGUUGGCGCAAGAUUUUUCGUUAACAGGGAGGAAAGGAAAACGCCCGUUUAAUGACUUGCAGGUGCUCCAGGUUGCAACUGAAGCAUUACAAAAGGCAUUCACGACAGCAACGGAGGCAGAUGUGCACAGUGGCAUUGCAAACUGGCUACGGUAUGCCCCUUCACGACAGAAGAAACGAGAGGCACAUCCAUGCUUCGACUAUGAUUCUUCUCCUUCACCUUGAGCACAAACUGAGAUGUCUCUGCGUGCCCUCGAGAUGUACUGCAUCCAUCACUGUGGCACCCAAACAUCUUUUUGCCAUUGCCUUCAUCCACAUCACCAUGCUGGUCAUCAGCCAGGACCACCACACUUCGGAUGUUUCUGCGGUCACUCGUGACCAGCUCAAUGCACCUCAUCAGCAACAUGUGAAGCACUUGUGUCAGCUCCUGUUCUUUUUUAGCUGCACACUUCUGUCAGGCAAAGUGAACAAAGCAGGAGGUGCACCACCAGCGACUGUGCUCAGGCCCAUACACUCCGCUGAUAGGAAGAGAGGGAAAUGUGUUAAAUCUAUGUGCAUACUAUGUUUAACGGGAGCUGGUAGGUGGCCUACUGGCAGUCCUAACUUUGCACUUUACUGACGGUGUGCAAUGCUGAUUGAUCUUGUGUUAUUCCCAGCAAAGCACACUUACUGUACCAGCACUGUGAAAUGUUUAGUUAGGAAUUUGCUAGAAAAUGUUUUGGCACAUUUGAACAUUUUUUGCUUGCAUUCGGUAUGUAAUCCUGUGAUGUAAAUGUGCGAGGCCUUCCGACUAUUCACCAGGAUCAUUGUGAUCAAGAACUUAUUAAUAUCCCCUCAAUGUGCACUAAAAAUUGUUACAUUUUUUAAGUUCGGUCGCUGUCUUAAUGUCGACAUUGUCGAAAAAAGCCUCCAUAGUCAUCUGUAAAAACGAAAUUUCUGUACAGCUGGUUUAGUGAUCCGCAUUUCAUCUUCAGUUAUGGCAGCAGUCACAGACUGCCUUUUGUGUGUUGCUGUAAAGACAUUGCGUAACACAAUCUAUGUCAAUUUCAUUCCUAUACUUGAAGCUGUGAAAUAUGCUGGGUCCUCACUAGUUAUUUAGCGUCUUGCUUUUUAGUGCAAGUUUAUGUUAUUUGCAAUGCUAUAAAUGUUUUUUGUACACAAAAGAACCUGCAGCUUAUCCACUUUUUGGCCUGUUUCCAGUACCCGAGUGUUGCACUGGUUGCUGCACUACGUAAUGCGACCAUUUACGAGUGCAAAAAAAUCUAGUCCGAGAACUUAACAGUCUAGCCUUAAGGUCAAGCAUGUGUUCCUAAAUAUAGCUAGCCUGAUUUCCUCUUGUGUUGACGUUCGUACACUUGAUGAGUGGCCACACAGUUGUGGAUCCCAGCCUUGCAAGGUUAUUGCCAGCUUUCUUCUGUGUCACAUUGUGUCUGGUCAAAGCUGACAGGAUGUCUUCAAAAGGGCAAGUGUGGUCAUACUAGCGUAAUAUGUUAAAAUGUGCUGUAUGUUGUUUUCUCAAUGAGUAUUGCUAACACCAGCAAGGAUUGGUGACAUUAUUCUGAUUUUUUAAAACUGUUUCUUUUUUAAUUGUGCAAUGUGUUGCAGCAGUAUAUUGUUCUAUGUAAGCUAGUUUAGCAACCAUAUUGAUAUGGACUAGCAUUUUCGUCAUGAAUCUCGCACAGCUAGCUCUAAUCAGUACCUCUUCGAAGAUUGUGAACCCUUACUGUGAAUAAAUUGAUGCAUGGACUUGUUUCUGAUAUUUUGCUGUGUUCUGGACACAUGUGUUUAUCUUGAGCAAUAUGUACCAAUAUCUUCUUAUUCUGCACUCAAGGAAAAAUUGUAAGAGGUGAUUUUAUUCUUGGUGAUCUCAAACUUGCAAAUUUUUUCUGUUAUCUUGUGCAAUAAAUCUUUUCGUGACAUUGUA